AUGACCAAAUACGACAUGCAGACCCUCCUGGCAGCGAAGCCCAAUGCCCACAUAGAUCUGGGCAGGUUCAGCGACCAGGCUUUCAAUAAUAACCUGGUCCGCUCCAAUGUCCUGUCCGAGCAGCCUGUCAGCAGACCAAGAAAUCUGUCGGGCCAUUCACGUCGCACUGCAAUGGCCUCUUUGGCAUUGAACACACAGAAUACCUCACGCCAGCCAGAUUAUCAUACCGUAUCAUCCAAUUCCCAGUUUGAUGAUGCGUUUGUGCGAUUCGUUGAGCAACACACGUCCCCAAAGCCGCAGCGUGUCACUGCCGGUGGCCGCAUUGUACCCAUGAACCCUUGGGACUCUCCUCCCAAGUGGAGUCUGCCGUUGAGCUCAAGGGGUGCCAGCGCUGCGAACAGCGAGGCCUCGAAAACCGCUAGUUCGGCCGCGAAAAUCGAGGCCAAGUCGAUAUCCGAAAAUCAGCCAAGACAGCAUCAGGCGGCCAACGCUGAGAGCAAGGUUCCAAAGAUGGCCCCCUUGCCAGCAGAUGCUGCUAAUGCUCCAUGUUUCCGACCUCUCGGCAGCACACCCAGCCCGUUUCAGUAUGCCAACGUUCCCUUGGCUACUCAACAAGUCCAAGGAGCUGGAUUACCUUCCGAUUCAGCUCUUGGAAUAGGUGGGGAUAACUUUUUGAAUGCUUUUGCUCCGUCGCAAACCCCAGCGCAACUGAUUGGUCCGCAAACUGGAUUUCCAUUCCAGACACAGCCAGCUUCCACAGCUACCUCAAGCUUACUGGGCUGGAAUGGCCUCAAUGGCCUAAAUGUAGUAUCGCCUGCACCAUUUAGUCCCUAUCAGCAUAGCUAUGCCGCAAGUCCUCCUACGGUCAGUGCUCAGUGGCCUCAGCUACCACAGCUGGCCCCGUUACCACAGGUUCAGCAGGUUCCGCUGGCUCCGCAGUUGCAUCAACUACCCCAAGCAUCUCCUGCUAUUCGCAACCAGGCACCUACACCCAAUCAGCAAUUCGUUCCGUCUCAUUUUCAAGAUGUUAUAUAUCAGAAAUCACUGGAGGAUGCUACCAAGCAGUAUGAUGGGCUCUCUGCGCAGCUCUCCCAGAUCGACAGGUUCACCGCGAUGCAUUCUUGGGUCAUCGAACCGGAAACGAAAAAGCUCCUCGUUGAACAGCGAAAAAGCUUGGUGCGCGAACUUGAUACGGUGAGGCUCUAUAAAGAGCACUUGCAGGUUCUGUUUGGUAAAAGCCAAAUGAACGGCACUCUGAGACCUCAGCAAGAGCCCAUUACAAUUCCAGUCACUCCCCCACGGAAUGAGGCAUGGGGGACGCCUACAAAAUCUAAGUCGAGAUCAUUAUCACCAACCGUCCGCAACCUCUACCGCACGAUCGAAGAGACUGACGAACGCGGUGAGCCUAUCGAUGGGUUACUCUGUGCUUUGUCAGGCGCGUCUAAAGGGCUCGCGAAGAGGUUGAGUGAAGAACGUAGAAAGUCACUGGGCGUAUCGAUUAGGGAACCCCCACGGGAGGUAUCUAGCACGUUUAUCAAGGCGAGGGACUCGAGAGAAGAGUCCCUGCAUGAGGCACCAGAAAAAGUUGAAUACGCCCAACCCGUGCAAGUUUCCAGGAGACUUUGGCAAUCGGAUCCCCAUCCACACUCGCCGCUGCUUUCUCAAUGUUUCAACAGGGACUGGAGCCCAGUUCUGCAGAAGUCAGCCGCCCCGGCCGUGUCUCAAAAUGUUACAGCUCACGCAUUUCUGCCCUCUUUCGACGGCGCGGGAAAGGUAGCCGACGGCUUCGAACUGAUCUAA